UUGUUUGUUUGUUUGUUUCUGUCUGUGUUUCUGAGGGUCUUCUGUGGAGCUCUGCAGGGGGUCCAGCACGUUAAACUGGGCGGUGGCAGGUGAGGUUUUGCUGGGCCCAGGCCCCCCCACAUCUCCCCUCCCCUCCAACCUCCGUCUCCCCCUCGCUCACUCCUCAUCUCUCAGUAGGCGCUGGUUCAUUUCUGGGCGAACAUGAACUCUCGGGCUCUUUUUCUGCCUCUGAUCCUCCUGGUUUCCAGACGGACAGCUGCUGACUCAGCAGAAGAAAUCACCUGGACCUACUCUGGCCUGGUCGGUCAGUCUGACUGGUCCCAGUACUUCCCUGAGUGUGGCGGCAGCUCUCAGUCACCUGUCGACGUGACGACCACCCAGACUAAAUAUGACCCCAGCUUGGUUCCGGUGACCCCUCUGGGCUACAGUCAGCAUGGAAACCAGCCCUUCACUCUGCACAAUAACGGGCACACAGUCGUCAUUGAGCUGCCGGACUGGAUGGGACUCCAGGGUCUGCGGUGGCUCUUCACAGCCGUCCAGCUGCACCUUCAUUGGGGCAACGGUGGCCCGGGUCACGGGGGCAGUGAACACACCAUCAACGGACGGAGCGCAGACGCAGAGCUACACGUGGUGCACUACAACUCAGAGCUCUACCCCAACAUGUCUGCAGCCAUGACGCAGAGGGACGGCCUGGCUGUUUUAGGAAUCCUCAUUGAGACAGGUGAAGAGACAAACCCGGCGUUCAACAACAUCAUCAACUACAUGAGCCGUGUCAGACAUGCAGAUCAGAAAACAUUCAUCCCAGCUUUCGAUGUGCAGUCCCUUCUUCCCAAGAGUCUGGGACGUUACUAUCGAUACAACGGCUCCCUGACGACACCCCCCUGCUACCAGAGCGUUGUUUGGACGGUGUUCCAUGAAAGAGUUCAGAUCUCAAAGGAACAGCUGCUGAAGAUGGAGACGAUACUUUACUCCAGUAAAGCUGGAGACUCACACAGGAUGCUGCUGCAGGACAACUACCGGGCGACACAGCCGCUCAACCACAGAGUCGUGUUUGCCUCCUUCUCUGCAGAAUCGGGGCAGGAGCUUUCCUCCGGUGAAGUCACAGCCAUAGUGAUUGGAGUGAUGUGUGGCUGUGUGGGCCUGGCAGUGAUCGUUCGCUUCAUCGUGAAGACGAUACGAUUUUUCAAACUCCUUCACCGCGAAACAGUCGUGGUAAACAGUUCUUCUUCUAGCUGGGACGUCCUGCACAAUAAUCGACCUGCUCCCAUGCCAAGGGUAAAAGAUCAAGAAAAGUCCAACAACAAAAAACAAGAUUUCGCUCUCAGCACGACCUCAGAAGCUGAAAGAAAAGACCCCUCAGCGUCCCCUCGGACCGAGCCAUGACGGCACAACUCGGCUCAGGCCAGAAACCCAAACACAUCUAUCUGUGGGUUUUUUCAGAACACUUUCAUUUUUUUUAUUAUUGUUUUUCACAGAAAGUGACAAAAACCUCUCAGAAGAAGUGAAAGCGAGAAAAAACCUCACCACAGGAUGAGCCAGCAGCUGUGUGUCGAUGUCCUACGUCACUCACACCAAAAUAAAAUCAAACGCUUGGAGCAAAAAUGUCCUUUUGCCGUACUUUUUACUCAGCCUGACUCAGAUCGAUUCCUGUAAAAAUGUAAAAAUAUGCAGUAUAUUUAAUUGCUUUCCUCUGAGUUUCUCUAAAACACGAGCCUAACCUUUUGUAAAUUUGGUGAGUUUUUCAUAAUUGUCCCGUUCACUAUGAAGUUGUAAAGAACAGCAGACAAUGUUUAUGAAAGCACAUGAAAUGCUAACGCAUGUCUGAGCUGUAGAUUCAUGUUCUAAAUGAACAUUUUGGACAUGAUUUUAAAUCAAAAGAUCAUGUUAGAAAUGAAUGAAUAUUUGUGCCUUUACUGUGUUGGUUUUUUUAAAUGUAAUUUGCCAACACAAGUGUCACAUUAAAACACUCAAAUGUUUGAAAAAAAUUGUCUUUGGGUCAUUACAGAAAACU